CUGGACUUGUACACAAUUGCAGUGGACUUACUUUUUCCUGGAUUUGGGUAGAUAAUAUCUAGUUUUCGGCGUUUGGUUGCCGCCAACGCCAAGCUAACCUUCAAAAUGCCGCGGAACAGAAAAAGUGGGCUUGCGGUGGGCAACUCCAUCGAGGAAGAGGUCAAAAUGGCAGUGGGAAUGACCAUCCGCCAAUUCAUGACCGACCACACUCGCAUGGAGCACGCUUUUCCUUCGUCCCUGACCAGAGAGCAGCGUGCCUAUGUCCACCAGUUUGCUAUUGAGAACAACUUGCAGUCGAAGAGCAGAGGCAAGGGUCCAAAUCGGUUCCUCACCAUUUACAAAAGGGAUGGAUCAACCAUCAUUGGGGAUGAUGCCACCCUCCCUUUGGGCGUCAGCUCACUGGAAGACAUUGGCCGGCUGCUGUCUCGUAAUCCAGUUACUCCCAAAGAGCGUCAGGAGGUUGCCCCUUACGUCGAUAGAGAUGCAGAGAGACGAAUGGAGGCCAUGGUUCGCACAGCCGUCAGCGAGGCCAAAAAGGAUGCAGCAUGUCGAAUUUUGGGUCGUUUGUCAAGUGGCGUGGCUCAGGUGCCACCCCAAGCCAAUGGAAAUCCUGAAAUCACGCUGCAAAGAGCUGGCCUCCCAAUUGCUGCCUAUCGAGAGGAAAUCCUGAAUGCGAUCGGCGCCAAUCAAGUGACAAUCAUCUGCGGCGAGACCGGCAGUGGCAAGACGACUCAGGUGCCUCAGUUCCUUCUGGAACAGGCAACAACAGCUGGAAAGGCUUGUCGGCUGAUCUGCGGUCAACCGAGGAGAAUUGCUGCAGUCAGUGUGUCAGAGAGGGUUGCUUCUGAAAGGGGAGAGGAAUUGGGAUCAACUGUCGGUUAUCAAGUUAGACUGGAGAGCAGAACCUCUCUUAAAUCGCUGUUGACUUACUGCACAUAUGGAGUGCUAUUGCGCUCCUUGAUGGCUGGAGACACGGCUCUGGCCUCUGUGAGCCAUGUCAUUGUGGAUGAAGUGCAUGAAAGGGACCGACAUUGCGACUUCCUACUGCUUGUCUUAAGAGACAUGCUAGCCAGGUGCAGGGGACUGCGUCUGGUGCUCAUGUCGGCGACUGCCGACCUCAACACACUCACAAAUUACUUUAGGGGAGCUGUAAUUAUCAAUGUGCCAGGAAAACUCUACGAGGUUGAGGAAUUUUUCUUAGAAGAUGUUCUCAGGAUCACUGGAUAUGAGAUUCCUGGCAGUAAGAAACCUGCCAAAAACCAAGAAGCAGUGGAUUCUCAAACCAUCGAGAAACUUGACGAAGCGAUGGAAGCAGCCUGGGACCAAGGCAGCGAUGAGAACUUCUCGAGGCUUCUUGGUCUGCUGGAGGGUCGUUCGGUCGAUCACCGCCACACCUAUACUCAAGCGACCGCUCUGAUGAUUGCCGCAGCCAAAAACAGGCCUGAUGUGGUGACACAGCUCUUGUCCAAAGGCGCAGAUCCUUCUGCCGUGGCCAACAAUGAGUUCACUGCACUCGAGUGGGCUGUCGAGUGCGGCUACGAAAACAUUGCCCAAAUGCUCAGAGAGUAUAUUGAGUCUGGUUCUCCCCAAGUAAUCAGCCAAGACCAAGAAAGGCUUGACACAUAUCAAAAGGAGGCAGCAGCUGCCGACGACAGCAUAGAUCACAACCUGGUCGCCACCUUGGUGGCCCAUUUGUCUUCAAAGGGAGACCCUGGAGCCAUCCUGAUAUUCAUGCCUGGCUACGAGGACAUCGUGGGCUGUUCUGAAAAAAUCCACGAAGCCAUGACCAGCGUUGGAGUCCAUUACAAAGUGUUCAUGCUUCACUCAAACAUAAAUACAUCUGAACAAAAGCAGGUCUUCCGUGUAAUCCCUGAGAGAAAGAUCAUUCUCUCGACCAAUAUUGCUGAAACGAGUGUUACUAUUGAGGACGUUGUGUAUGUGAUUGACAGUGGAAAAGUGAAGGAGAAGUCCCUUGAUGCUGGAACUGGCAUAUGCCAAUUGAAAUGCAUGUGGAUUUCAGAGGCGUGUGCCAAGCAACGUCAGGGUCGGGCUGGCCGACUGCAACCUGGCCAGUGCUACAGGCUGUACUCAAGACAGCGCUUCCAGUGGUUCACAAAGCACGCUACUCCAGAAAUUUUGCGCUUGCCUCUUCAUGAGCUUUGUCUGGCUGCAAAGUUGCUGGCUCCCUUCAACACUUCAAUCGCAGACUUCCUUGCCAAAGCGCCAGAACCUCCUCCACCUUUGGCAACGCGGAAUGCAGUGAACUUGCUUAAACUGACUGACGCCCUCACACCUUGUGAAGAUCUCACUGAGUUGGGACAACAUCUAGUCAAUCUCGCUGUUGAGCCCAGACUUGGGAAAUGCCUGCUCUUUGCCAUUCUCCUGAGGUGCUUGGAUCCAGUGCUCACAAUCGUCUGUACCUUAGCGCACAAGGAGCCGUUUGUGUUACCACAAGCCCCAUACCUGAGGAAAUCCUCUAGCGAAUCAAAGCGGAGGUUGGCUGCUGGUACCUUCAGUGAUCACAUGACUUUACUCAGAGCGUUCCAGUUGUGGCAGGAGUCUCGCACAAAGAACAGGGAUCGCAAAUUUUGCGAGCAGAAUUUCGUGUCUCACGCAGUGCUUGAGAUGGUCACUGGUCUACGCUCUCAACUUCUUGGCCAGUUGCGCGCUUCCGGCUUUGUCAGAACCAGGGGAGGAUGUGACUUGCACGAGCUUAACCAGUUCUCAGACAACUGGGCUGUCAUCAAGGCUGCACUGACGGCUGGGCUGUAUCCUAAUUUAGCCAGGGUGGACCGUGAUCACCAGCAGCUACGAACCAGGACGGAAGCGAAGGUGAGAUUCCAUCCGAGCACUGUGCUUCGUGAUGGUGGUGACUACAAAAACACGCUGACUGAACUGCCCUCUGACUGGAUACUAUAUGAAGAAAUGGGAAGGAUGGGGCGCAUGUGCCACAUUAGAACUUGCACUGUGGUCAGUCCGGUGACAGUGUUCCUCAUGGCUGGACCUUCAAGGAUGGCCUACGAUCCGCAGUUUGAUGGCGAGGCUGACGAGGCUAGAUGCCAGUUGGCAGCCGAGUUGGAGAGUGACAGCGAGAACGAGGACGAGCCCUGUCGCACCUUGCUGCGUCUUGACGAGUGGGCGUCCUUCCGUCUGGAAGCCAGCAACGCCAGAGCUUUGGUGCAGCUGAGACAGAAACUGCACUCUCUGUUCCUAAGAAGACUCAAGGGUCCAGCAGCACAAAAGGUUGCCAGCCAAGGAGAUGACCAAGUGAUCCGCACCGUGGUCAGCGUUCUCACUAACGAAGAGAAGUCCCUGAAACUUCCUCAGCCUCUAGGAAUCGGACAGAAGCCGAGAACUUUCGACUUUUCUAGACCCUACGAGCGCUCCACCGACUCAAGCUCUGCCACAUCCUCCCCCUGCAUGUCUCCAAAUUCUGACUCGUCACACACAUCAGACUCGGCCAUUCGCUACCUUGUAAUCAAGAAUGGCUCACUGCAGUUGCUUCAUGACGCUGUUGCUUCUGGUCAUUGGACAUUCACUCCCAACACCCUCCGCUCCAUUGCCAAGGCUCAGCGAGAGGGCAAAACUGUGGUAGUCAUCUUCAGCGUUCAGGGUAGUGGCGGUUUCCAGGGUUACGCCAGGCUUGGAAGACCUGAAAUGGCCACCUGUUCACUACAGUGGCUCAAAGUUGGUGAUGUGCCGUUCCAGGCUGCUCGGCAUUUGUUGAAUCCAUGGCACAACAACCAAAGGGUGCAGCACAGCAGGGAUGGGCAGGCGCUGGAGCCCAGAGUUGGAGAAGCUCUAUGCCAGCUGUGGGACAGACUGCCACCCCAUCCAGCAACUCUUCCUAUGCCACAUUUUGUGUCCGAAUCCAUGCCCCAAUCAUUUGGAGGUAGAGCUAUCAGAGGCAACUACGACCCAUACAGACCAAGAAAUAAGUACUACUAAUUGUGAAGACAUUCCUCUGUGUAUAAUCUUGCUAAUAAAGGUUCACCAUCAUUUUCUUUUCAAAAAUCUCAACUUUAAUUAAGGUUUCAAUUUCUCUUCACUUUGUACAAUAAUUACCUACCCUUUAAAUCUAUUCACAUUGAUGCAUACAUAUAAUUGCGGAAGUAUUUUUUUUUAAAUUUAACAAAAAAAGUGAUGCAGAAGAAACAUUUUGAAAAGCGCGCAAUUUAAUAUUUUGACUUAUAGACUGCUCUGACGCCCUAUCUUAAUCACAGAAUUCGAAAGAAACGUAACGAUAUUUAGAGAGAGAAUCAAAAUAAAACAUAGUGCGCGACAGACGAUGCAUUUCAAAGCAGUCUUUGUUCCGAAUCGGAUGGCAAAAGUCAGGCAGAUUACUGGGUGGGGGAGAAGGUAGUUGGGUGUAGAAUGCGAGAGUCCAUCUCCCUGAUCAGUGGUACCGUGUAGGCAACGCAUUCGUCCCAGCCUGGCAUGCGCCACGCUGCUUCUCUCGUUUCCUUGCGCACUUGCAAGUCAGGGUAGCACCAAAUGUGGUGCACAUUGUAUAGACGUCCGACCUGAAAG